AUUUAUUUUCCUUGUAACACACUUGCCAUGGCUGACAAACAACGGGCACUUCUGCUCAUGUAAAUUUAUCUCUACUGUGUUAUUUCUGAAGAUAUGUUUUAGCGUCUUCUUAGACUUGAUGUGAUGUCAGAUAAGCGUCAGCGUGCCAGAGUACAGGGUUGCUGGGCCAAACAACUGCCAAAACUCUCAGGUCCAACUGUCCCAAACUACAAUCAGUCCACAAGUGCCAAUGUGGCCUCUGGCUCUUGGGGAUUUGGGUCCCAGAAAUCAACUAAGACUUUUGAGUUUCUCCAGCCCACCAAGCCAAUUAGAGCUGUGCCACCAGAGAAGGUCAUAGAGCAUGCAGGUGAUUAUGAGAUCAGCUAUGGACCAUCAGGGGUUUCCAGGCUGCGGCUACUGCCUGGAUUUCUCCCCCCAGAAGAGGCUGACUGGAUGUUCAGUAAGCUGCUUGCAGAGCUUCCCUGGUCCCAAAAGACCAACUAUAGACAAGGUGAAGCAUACGAGGAACCCAGGCUGACCUGCUGGUACGGAGAGCUCCCAUAUACGUAUGCUCGCUCCACAAUGGCUGCAAACACACAGUGGCAUCCAUUGCUGGUAACCCUUCACAAGGCAGUGGAGCAUGCAACCGGAUGCAGCUUCAACUCCCUGCUGUGUAACUUGUAUCGGGAUGGCCAUGACAGCAUCGGGUGGCACAGUGACGAUGAAGCCUCGUUGGGUGCCAAGCCAACCAUUGCUUCUCUCAGUCUGGGUGACACCAGAGUGUUCAGCCUCCGCAAGCAGCCUCCACCGGAGGAGAAGGGUGACUACACUUACGUGGAGCGGAUUCGGAUUCCUCUGAGUCAUGGCACACUUCUGCUAAUGGAAGAAGCCACACAGGAUGACUGGCAGCAUCAAGUGGCUAAAGAGUACCAUGACAGGGGCCCACGCAUCAACUUGACCUUCAGAACUAUCUACCCAGAGCCAGAGGGCCAUAGGCCUGGUACCAAGAUGCAAUUCACAGCCAAAUAACCAUAAAUCUCCAUCAGUCAGGUGUCCUUUGGUUUUGGUGCCUUCAUGCACCAGCCAUGGCAGUACUGGCUUUGAAGAGAAAAUGAUCCCGUUUUGGAUACCUACCUACAAAAUCAGGCAGGAGGUGGUGACAUAAGUUUGCAUCCCAGUAUGACCUUUGUGAUUUACUGAUUUGUUUUGUUUUUCACUCAUUUCACUCAAUUUUUCAAUGUAGGCACUACAAAGUACUUGUUUAGGUUUAGGAAAAGAUUGCAGUUUUUGGUUCAAAAUCUUUACAACAGGAACCCUGCAUGGUGCAGGUUGGGAGUGACCUACUCCUCUAACUUAUCCUGUUACCCAAUGCAUCAAAUUUUACCACCAGAUUAACUGAGCCACACACACACAGUUCAUGAACUGUAGCCCUGGGAAUGAGAACAAGCUCUAUCAACAUCCAUCUUUUUAUUCUGAAUAUUGCCUUGGUGAGUUGGGUGGAUUUAUUUGAUUUUGACUUUCAUUUGAACAACAUGUUUUUAGGCUGAGCAUUAGCCUGGGGACAAAAUGUGCACAUAUGUCAAUGGAAAGUUAGUCUUAAUGAAAGGGAGUGAAAUGGCCAUAAUUUGAGUACUCCCUUAAACAGAGUGUUCAUUUUGAAUUGUGGUUGAAACAUGUUUAAGUUAAGAAAACACUACAAUAUCAGAUUCUGCAGCAGUUAUCAAAUUUAUUUUUAAAUUAAUGUACAUUUAGUAAUUAAAUCACUGGGGAUACUGGAAAUCUGAAUUAUUCAUUUAUUCCUUGUAUGUUGUAGUUCAGCCUGUUUGAGAAAGCAAGUUUGAUUAAAAACUCUUUGUUUACAUGGAGAUGAAGGAAACUGGGUUUCCCCAUUCCAGGUGACUUUAACUCUCGAGAAGGUCCUGGGGUAACAGAUUUGUGAAACUAACCUGCUAGCUGGCAGGUUUUCUUGGACAUACUCUCUUGACUGCUCCUAUAUUUAUGUUCAAAUAUGUUUUUGUGUUUAGACACAAAAAAAUUAUCAGCUGAAAUUUUCACAAAACAUUAACCUGAAUUAAUGAUCAAUCUGUCAGUGGUGUAAGGAUAGAGACGGCGUACUCAGACACUCUCCUUCUUUAUACGACUGGCUCUAUGCUGGCAUUAAGGCAGCUGACAGGUUGUCAGCCAGUUCUUCUACACUGAAAGAUUUACCCUACAUCACUGUAGCAAUCCUACAUCUGUAGGAAGCUUUAGACACAUAAGACAGUGAUCAGUCAUUUUGUCAUAUUCUGAUAAACAGAGUUUGCAGUUAGAUUCAGUUUGUUAAACCUGCUUUCUGGAGCAGGCCCCAGUUCAAACAUGUAUGCUAUUUAUUGGCGGUGCUGAUAUCAGAACCUGCUCCUGCUUUUGAACGAACAUCACCUUCAAGACCUGUAAUUUUCAUGACUUUCUUUGGUAAAUAAAUACAC